AUGGUGUCCAAAUUGACAUCUCUCCAACAGGAGCUGUUGAGCGCUUUGCUGGGCUCCGGACUUUCCAAAGAUGUUCUGAUUCAGGCUCUGGAAGAGUUGGAGCCCUCGCCCAAUUUCGAGGUGAAGCUGGAGAAUCUGCCCGUCUCCCCGCUGAAGAUGAACGGCUCCGGCUCGGACAGUAAGGCCGUCUUCCACACUCUGACCAACGGGCACAGCAAGGGCAAACUAUCCGAGGAAGAGGGCUCUGAGGACGGAGAGGACUACGAUACGCCCCCGAUCCUCAAGGAGCUGGAGUCCCUCAACACCGAAGAAGGGGCCGAGCAGCGAGCCGAGGUGGACCGAAUGCUGAGGGAAGACCCAUGGCGAGCGGCGAAGAUGAUCAAAGGUUACAUGCAACAGCACAACAUUCCACAAAGGGAAGUAGUGGAUGUGACGGGUCUCAAUCAGUCUCACCUCUCGCAGCAUCUCAACAAAGGCACCCCAAUGAAAAAUCAGAAGCGAGCUGCCCUCUACACCUGGUACAUUAGGAAGCAGCAAGAGAUUCAGAGACAAUUCAACCAGACUAUCCAGAAUACUGGAAACAAUAUGACAGACAAAAGCAGGCCAGAUCAGCUGCUGUUUCUCUUUCCAGAGUUCAAUCAGCAAGACCAGGGGCAGGCCUCGGAGCUGGGCACUGAGCCUGCCAAUAAGAAGAUGCGUCGCAACAGGUUUAAAUGGGGACCAGCAUCCCAGCAAAUAUUGUACCAGGCUUAUGAGAGGCAGAAGAACCCCAGCAAGGAGGAACGGGAGGCACUAGUGGAGGAAUGCAACAGAGCUGAAUGCAUACAACGUGGCGUCUCUCCUUCUAAAGCACACGGACUGGGAUCAAAUCUGGUUACAGAAGUCAGAGUGUAUAACUGGUUUGCCAACCGUAGGAAGGAGGAAGCUUUCCGUCAGAAACUUGCCAUGGAUGCGUACAAUGUUCAGUCACACAGCAUGAACCCGCUCCUGUCUCACAGCUCUCCGCACCACCCGCAGCCAAACUCAUCCCCAUCAAGUAAGCACGCAGGUGUGCGAUAUGGCCAGCAAGGGACCAGUGAAGUCUCCUCUUCCACAGCAAUCAGCCACCAUGGUAACAGUGCCAUGGUGACAAGCCAAACAGUUUUACAGCAAGUCUCGCCAGCAAACCUGGACCCAAGCCACAGUCUGCUGUCACCUGAUGGCAAGAUGAUCACUGCCGCAGGUGGACCUCUGCCUCCAGUCAGCACGUUGACAAAUAUCCAUAGCUUGUCACAGCCUCCACAUCACAAUCAUCAACAAACGCAGAACCUCAUCAUCAACCCCCUCUCUGGAGUCAUGGCGAUAGCACAAAGUAUAAGCACAUCCCAAGGGCAGAGCGUCCCUGUUAUAAACAGCGUCACAGCAAGCAGCCUGGCAGCUUUACAACCUGUGCAGUUUUCGCAGCAGCUUCACAGUCCGCAUCAGCAGCCAAUCAUGCAGCAGUCUCAGAGUCACAUGUCACAGCAACCCUUCAUGGCCACAGUGACCCAGCUGCAGAACUCUCACAUGUACACGCACAAACCAGAUCCUCCCCAGUAUUCCCACACCGCACGGUUCCCAUCGGCCAUGGUCGUCGCGGAUACGGGCAGCAUCAGUGCACUAGCGAGCAUGUCCUCCAGCAAGCAGGGACCGGUUACCUCAGGGACCGGUUACCUCAGGGACUACUUACCUCAGGGACCACUUGCCUCAGGGACCGGUUACCUCAGGGACUACUUACCUCAGGGACCGCUUACCUCAGGGACCGGUUACCUCAGGGACUACUUACCUCAUGGACUACUUACCUCAGGGACCGGUUACCUCAGGGAACAGUUAACUCGGGGACCGCUUAUCUCAGGGACCAGUUACUUCAGGGACCGUGGAAGAUCCUUCACGUGCUUCAUGUGCAAGAAACUCAUUGGCCAGAAUUUUUACCUCCUUGGGCAGGCGUGCACCCGAUCCAAACGAGCAUAA